UCGUACGCUAAGGUCCCUUCUCUUGUACUCUUAGACCCGCUAGAAUUCUAUAUAUAGGGUGGAUUGGAGUGGAUUGUUUAGCUGCUAGUUAAGGAGUAAAUGGCAGAAAAGGAUGACUGGGUGGUAACAAUAAAGAAUGAAUUGCAGCGAAUGGACACUAUCCGAACUGAAGAAAAGCAGCACUGGGACAAGCGUUCCAUAUACAGAGUCCCGGCGUGUGUCGUCACAGACCUAAACAUGAAAGCCUACAAGCCCCAGUUUGUCUCGUUUGGGCCUUACCAUCAUGGCGAGGAUCAUUUGAAGCCAAUGGAGGAGCACAAGCACCGCGCUCUCCUCCAUUUUCUCAAGAGAUCCUCCAAGCCUCUCGAGUCCUACCUCAACGCUCUGGCCGAAGUUGCUCAGAGUCUAAAAGACUCGUACGAGUCGCUCGAUCUUGUUUGGGAGAGAGACACUGAUAGGUUCUUGCGAAUGAUGAUUCUUGACGGCUGUUUUAUGCUUGAGGUACUGCGUAACAAUAUGCACACAGCCUAUCAAAAAAGUACACAGACAGUGAAUGAUUAUGUUGCCAAUGAUCCAAUCUUUAGUAAUCAUGGGAAUCUCCACAUUGUGCCUUACAUCAGACGGGACAUGCUUAUGCUUGAAAAUCAACUCCCUAUGCUUCUUCUCACCACGCUUCUUGAUGAGGAAACUAAGCAAGAUGAGGAAUUUGUGAACAAGCUCAUUCUCCAGUUUUGCAGCGGCAACACCCGGUUCGCAGCAGUGUACCCCAGCAUGGGUAAAUGCUUGCACUUACUCGACGUGCACAGAAAGAUCCUCCUUUGGCCAGACACCCGCAAUCUAACCAGCCGCCAGGGGAAAAGCUGGUGGCACUGGGAUCCAAGCAGCAGCAGAAUGGCCCAUGAAGCCGGUGCAGGCGACGAGAUCAUCCGGUCUGCAAUGGAGAUCCACGCAGCCGGAAUUAGUUUCAAGAAAAGCAAAAGCCAAAGCCUCAAAGACAUCACCUUCGAAGCCGGAAAGCUGAGGCUCCCGCCCAUCGUUGUAGACGACACUACCGAGUCUAUGUUUUUGAACCUCAUCAUUUUCGAGCGGUUCCAUGUUGGGGUCGGGAACGAGGUCACCUCUUACCUCUUUUUCAUGGACAGCAUCAUUGAUAGUGCCAAGGACGUCAGCCUCCUGCAAGACAAAGGCAUCAUCCAGAAUGCCCUCGGUAGUGACAAAGCCGUGGCCGAACUCUUUAAUACCAUUUCUAAGGAUGCAACACUCGACCCGGCUAGCAGCCUGGACCUUGUGCAUAAGACGGUUGAUAAGUACUGCAAGCAGCGGUGCAACAAGUGGCGGGCCAAUGCCAAGCACACCUAUUUUACGAACCCUUGGGCGAUCAUCUCUGUCAUAGCGGCUUUCGUUCUUUUCACGCUCACUAUACUGCAAACGAUAUACAGCAUGUUGUCCUAUUACAAUCCCCAAUGAUUCUCCACAUCCGUCUCCUCCAAUGCCUUCAGCAGAUCGAAGUCAUCGACUUGGCUAAUUUGAAUUUACGUUGAUUGCUUGCAAAAUAAAGACCGUUUGUGAGUCUAUUACAGUGUGUGGUGUGUUCAAUAAAGUGUUUGCCGAGUUUGGUAAACAAAAAGAAUCGGAAUAUCAAGUUGUUCCAGUCAUUCAUUUAUGAGAAUUUUGUUGUGCUUG